UAUCUGUCGCAGACGUGUAUAAGUACAUGCCAGGCUGUGGGAACUUUUGUCCCAUCAUGUAUUCCACGACUCGAGACGAAGUCUUGAUCAAGUUUUGUUUUCAGUCUUCCAACGGCCUAGCACCUGCCAUACGCAACAAUAACCACAAGCAUGUCAGACAAUUCACAAGACAGCAGUCUGUCCACGGCUGCAAACAUCAUCGGCCUCAUCACCUUUGCUCUUUCGGCCAUUAACCUCUUGAUAGUUCGGAUUCUUCAGCGCGAAAGAUUGAUGUUCGAGGAGCGAAGGAUCACAAAGUGGAUGGAGUCUGCGCGCCUCCUUCAUUUGAAAUCGGCGUAUUUCAAUUUGUUCGAUGCGAGGGGCAUUCUCAGAGGAAAACGAGUAGUGGCUGAAACUCUCCCAAGCUCGCAUGAAGACUCAGUGGACAGAAUAUUGGAGGAUGUCGACCAAUGUUACGGCAGGCCCAAGCAGAUUGUCCAAAAAAUGCCGGAUUAUGACUUCCCUCCCUCUCUGGGACUUCACAUACAAACAAUGAUUGUAAUCUUAUUGUCUGGUGAGUUCAAGGGCUUCUGCGAUAUGUUGGUGACAGACUGGAGACGUUUCUUCCAGGCAAAAAUAUGGCGCGAAAAGAAGAAGACAUUCGAGGAGAACUACAAAGAGUGUAAGUUCAGACUAUCCGGCUUACACUGCUCACUCACGAAUGAAAGCUUUUCACACUUGUGCUCAUUCCAAGCAAUUGACAGUUUGAUAACCUGGUGAAAAGUCUCGGCGAUCGUCGCCCAGCUUGACUCCUACGUCCUUCUGAUCCAAGGAUUAAACAUCGUCCAUCUCCAAGAGUAGGCACCCACCUACUCUCCAAAGCUUUGUUGCGCAUACAUACCCUCACAUGAGGCUUUCAG